AUGAUUCCAAGAUUUGGAAACGAAGCUGUCAGAUCAAACAUCAACCAACUCUACGGAGUUCAUGUUGCAGAAAACUGUAAUAAUCCAGAAACAGAUUUUACAUAUUCAGCAUGGCGCGCAUCAGACGCAGCGAACCUACCACAUGGCUACACACACCUAUGGUCGUCCUACCGUCACGUAACACAAUCAAACACCAGAAAUAGGAAAGUCCGGUUUUACUACACACUAAGACAAUUCUACGGAGAAAACGUUACACUUUCAAGAACAAGAAACCCAGUUCUUCUUUUACCAUCUUAA